GCGGCUGCAUUUCGCUUCCCCCUAGCUGUUUCCAUCCUGAAUUCCUGACGCCUUUCUAUCUCCCCCGAUCGAUCGCUCACUUGGAACCCUCUCAUGAUGGAGCUAAUCCGAGCUGAGGGAAAUCGAGGUUUGGGUAGGAGCACAUGGCGGCGGAGAGGGGGAAGGGUGAUAGAUAGCGUUGUCCCCCCCCCCCCCCCCCCCCCCCCGGGUCGCUGGAAUCAGUUUGCAGGAUUUUAUCUCUUUCCUCUUACCGAUGGCGACGACCUUGGUCAGUCACCGUCGAAGUCGCCUUCGGCCAUGGUUGCCUCAACUCAGUGCAGGCAUAUGAUCGAUUUUGCCAACUUAGUUUGGUUGCAAGUCAGCGAUAGUUUUAGUCCUUUUCCCAAGUUAACACAAGUUGGUGACAGAGUUUUAGCCUAUUUGCAAGUUAGCAUCAGUUAACGUUUUCUCCCAUGCGAAUUUGCCACGUAUUUGGUUGGCUGGCAGGAUGUCCAACGUGACUGUAUGUGUGCGAUUCAGACCACUGAGCCACAAAGAGAGGAAGACUAAUGGUGACAAGGUCUGCUUCAAGAGAUUGGAUUCAGAAUCUUUUGUUUUCAAGGAUGAGAGGGAAGAAGAUGUCAUAUUCAGCUUUGACAGGGUGUUUUAUGAAGAUGCAGAACAGUCUGAUGUCUAUAACUUCCUUGCAGUGCCAAUUGUCGCAGAUGCCAUCAGUGGAAUAAAUGGGACUAUAAUUACUUAUGGUCAGACUGGAGCAGGAAAGACAUACAGCAUGGAGGGGCCGAGCAUCUUGCAUUGCAAUAAGCAGAAAACUGGACUAGUCCAGAGAGUUGUAGAUGAGCUUUUUCAAUCUCUACAAUCAUCAGAAAGCAUGGCUAUGUGGAGUGUGAAAUUGUCGAUGGUGGAGAUAUAUUUGGAAAAAGUAAGGGAUCUUCUUGACUUGUCCAAGGACAACCUACAAAUCAAAGAGAGUAAAACUCAAGGGAUCUACAUUUCUGGAGCAACAGAAGUAUCCAUCCAGAAUAGUUCAGAUGCCUUGGAGUGCCUUUCUGAAGGAAUUGCCAACAGAGCUGUUGGAGAAACACAAAUGAACCUGGCUAGUAGUAGAAGUCACUGCUUAUACAUUUUUUCAGUUCAACAAGGAUCAACUUCUGAUGAGAGGGUGAGAGGAGGGAAGAUUAUUCUUGUUGAUUUAGCUGGUUCAGAGAAGGUUGAGAAAACUGGUGCUGAAGGACGAGUUCUUGAUGAGGCAAAGACAAUCAACAAAUCUCUCUCAGUUCUCGGGAAUGUUGUCAAUGCUCUAACAACUGGUAAACCGAAUCAUGUGCCUUAUCGUGACUCUAAGCUUACGCGCAUUCUUCAAGAUGCACUGGGUGGCAACUCAAGAGCGGCAUUACUGUGCUGUUGUUCCCCCAGUGCUUCAAAUGCACCAGAAAGUUUGUCUACUGUUCGUUUCGGAACAAGGACAAAGCUCAUAAAGACCACACCCAAAUCAAUCUCUCCCGAAGUGGAUAGCAUCAAGAAGCCCAUCCCUGAUUCUCAUGGCCAAAAUGAUCUGCGUGACCGGAUUCUGAACAAGUUAAGGUUGAGCCUGAAGGAGGAAGAUGUGGACCUUCUGGAGGAACUGUUCGUGCAGGAAGGCAUCAUCUUCGACCCCAACUACUCCGUGGCAGACAUCGACUCAGCCUGCCAAGACGCCGCGAGCCAGGAGGUCUCACUGCUCACACAAGCUGUGGAGGAACUGAAAGAAACCGUCGAAGAGCUCACCGAUGAGAACGAGAGGUUGAGGGGUGAACUCGAGCUCGCGCAGGAGGCUGCCGCCGCCGCCGCUGCUGCUCGGGCUGACGGCGCGCUGCUUGGUUUCGUGCCGGCGGUCGCCAUCAGCUCCCUCCUCCGCCCCUUUGGGUUCGUUCCAGACUGAAGACGAGAUACAAGGUCACACAUAAUACAUUUUGCUGCCAUUUCUGACGUGAGAUACAGUGACGGUAGGAACUAGGAAGAAAUGCUAAUGUCAUCGAUCGAACUUCUCACUUGCCUUUAUCGCUGUGAUAGUACACAGAAGGAACAUUGACAUCGAGCUGGAAGUUUUGUCAUUUCGAGAAUACGCGUGUUUGAGUGGCUAAUGUCACCGAUCGAACUUCUCACUUGCCUUCAUCGUUGUUAUAGUACACAGAAAGAACAUUGACAUCGAUCUAAAAGUUGUCAUUACGAUAA